UAUGUUUUGGGCUGGCCUAUCUGGGUUGUUUUACUAGGCUUUUAGUAUAAUCUGUAUAUAAACACACACACCUCAAUUAGUAAAAAGAGUAUCGAUUUGUCAGUAGACGUUCAACGCCAUGGCCACCGACUUCAAAUCAAUUCCUUUAAUUGAUAUUGGUCCUCUCGUGGUCAAGUGGGAUGAUCCAAACAUGGCUGAAGAUAAAGACGUGGCAGAAGUUGUCAGACAGUUGGAUCAGGCCUGUAGAGAAGCUGGAUUCUUUUACGUGAAGGGCCAUGGUAUUCCUGAAUCUCUCCUCAAAGAGGUUCGGAAUGUGACACACAGAUUUUUCAACCUAUCUUAUGAAGAAAAAAUCAAGAUUAAAAUGUCUGCAGCAACUGGAUACAGAGGGUAUCAGCAUAUCGGUGAAAACAUAACCAAAGGAACACCUGAUAUGCAUGAGGCCAUUGAUUGCUAUAGAGAAGUGGGAGGAGAGAUGUAUGGAGCUCUUGGGAAGCCUCUAGAAGGAUCUAAUGAAUGGCCAACUGAUCCGUCAAAUUUCAAACAAGUGAUGAAGGAGUAUAUCAGCCUCUGUACUGAUCUCUCAAGAAAAAUAAUGCGGGGAAUUGCUUUAGCACUGGGUGGAUCAGCAGAUGAAUUUGAGGGUGAAAUAGCUGGAGAUCCAUUUUGGGUGUUUCGAAUAAUUGGUUAUCCUGGUGUAGCCUGCACAAAUGGCCAAGACAUGCUAAAAAAUGACAUUGGAUGUGGUGCUCACACUGACUACGGUUUGCUGACACUAGUUAACCAGGAUGAUGAUAAAACUGCACUUCAGGUGAGAAACAGGUCUGGUGAGUGGAUACCAGCUGUUCCUAUUCCUGGUACAUUUGUUUGCAACAUUGGUGACAUGUUAAAGAUUUUGUCCAACGGUCUCUAUGAAUCAACUUUGCAUCAAGUCACCAACAACUCCCCAAAAUAUCGGGUCUGUGUGGCCUACUUUUACGAGCCAAAUUUUGAUGCGGCAAUACAGCCCUUGGACAUGUGUAUACAAAGGACUGGCGGAACUAAGAAGUACGAAGGAGCUGUUUAUGGAAAACAUCUAGUGAGCAAAGUCCAGACCAAUUUUGUAAUGUAGGAAUUUGGAUCUUGAUGAGGGCGGGCCUUGGCGCAACGGUAAUGUUGCUCCACUGGGAUCUGAAGGGUCAUGGGUAUGAAACGGGAAAUAGCCUCCCUACGUGCAGAGGAAAGGCUGCAUACCCCAGAUCCUGUAGUGGCGGGAGUCUUGUGCACUGAGCUAGCCCUUUUAGGAACUUGGAUCUUGAUCUUUAGACUUUCCUAAUAUGUUGUAUGUUCAAGUUAAUAUCUAGGUUCUAUAGAUGAAGUUUAUCCAGGAACUGGAAAUUAUCUAUUAGUAGGAUGUGUAUUGAAAAUUUUAAUAUUCCAUUUAAUUUGAAUGAGUUAUCACAAA